CGCGUUUGUAAUGUUUGACAAUGUAAUUUAUUGAAUUGAUAACAUUAUUUAAUUUCUGAUUAAAUAAACGUAUAGUGUUGUGGAAUACAAUAUAUUAUAACGCAUAGUAUCAUUUACAUCUACAGUGGUGACCACGAACAGUGAACAUAAUGCACCAAGUUUGCCCCGGUCAACAACUUUUUGUGGUAGAAGCAAGACAUUUUUGCAACGACAUUUUGUAGUGCUACUUUCAGUGUUUGCAGUGCAAAAUGACGGACAAAGAAGUAGUACCUACAAACUCAGCGUGGGUUUUUAUACUACUACAACAGCAAUUCGAGGCUUAUAUUCAGACAAAACACCAAAGCUUCCUCAUUUCUGGCCUGGUGAUCCUGCAUUAUAGUUCGCACGUAGAUUUAAUUCGAGUUGGCUGGAGUACCCAGGAUUCCACCAAAUUCAGCCACGUAUACAUUAUAACCGCGCAUUUAGACAACACAUAUGCUUUCGAAGUGAAGGAUAUAAUCCUCCGCCCUUUAGAUGUCGAUAGGUAUAAGAAACUUAAACAUGAGCCAAUUGCACGUUUUUCUAAAACGGCAGAACAACGAGUACGUCAAGUGCUGUCCCAAGAGGGGCUAGGUGACCGAACUCCAGCGCAGUUACUAAAGUGGCCUAGCUGAUUCCGACCGAAACCCCAAGUCUCUGUUAAAGACUACAUGGAUUGCUAUACUGCCUCCACAGUUACAAACUAUCAUUGCUUUUUAAAUUGUCACAACCCCUCCUGAAACGAUAGCCCUAUUCUUG